AUGUUCUUAAUAGCUUGGGGAUUGUGGCAUCAGAGAAACCAGAUGAUCCAUGAAGAUGUGGUCAUACCAGCAUUACAAGUUGCUGAAGCGGCCCUAUCCUCCCACAUAACUCACUUGCAGGCUCUGACUUCUCAAGGACCCAGGGAUGCUUGUCGCUGGGUGGCCCCUGAACCUGGGUUUCUGAAGCUAUAUGUGGAUGGGGCUGUUUUUGCAAAUCAAAGAAGCUCUGGUGUGGGCCUUAUUCUGAGAAACUCAAAGGCUGAAAUCAUCUUCUCAACUAGUAAAAAAGAAAAUGAUGUCAAAGACCCUAUUGAAAUAGAGAUGCUAGCAAUUUUAAGAGGCCUCCAGUUCUGUUUUCCCCUUGGUAUCUCUCAUUUGGUUAUUGAAAGUGACUCCUUACUAAUGGUGAAUGAAGUGCAAAGUGACUCCAUAUCAAGAUCCCUCCACGGCAAUCUGGUGCAACAAAUUAAGCAGCUAAUGUUAAGAUUUCCUUGUUGUUCUAUUCAACACAAUAGCCGAUUAGGCAAUGGUGCAGCCCAUGGGUUGGCUAAACUUGCAUGGAAUAUAGAUGAUCUGAUAACUUGGUGGGGUUCUUGUUCUUAUUGUAUUGAACAAGUUGUUUGGUCAGAUUCUAUGUUGUAA